GAGCUGCGCGUGCGCAAACAUCCCUUUCAUGUUGACGCAGCCCCCCCUUCUCUCUCUCUCACACACACACACACACACACACACACACACACGGACACUCCAUCUCUUGUCUGCACGACGGCAUGAUGGAUGUCGUAAAUCAGCUGGUGGCCCAGGGUCAGUUCAGAGUGCUGAAGGUCCCACUAGGCUUCAUCAAGGUCUUACAAUGGUUCUUUGCAGUCUUUGCCUUUUCCACCUGUGGCAGUUACUCUGGGUUGUUGCGAGUUGCAGUUGACUGUAAGAACCGGACAGAGAGCGACCUGAAGAUUGAGGUGGAGUUUGAGUACCCAUUCAGACUUCAUCAGGAGUACUUUGACGCCCCAACCUGCAAAGAUGGAGAAAAAGAGCAGGUUUUCCUCAUCGGGGACCAUUCUUCAUCAGCUGAAUUCUUCGUCACCAUUGCUGUCUUCGCUUUCCUAUACUCCACAGCGACUCUCAGCAUAUAUAUUUUUUUCUUUGAAAAGUACAAGGAGAACAACAAAGGUCCUCUGAUUGACUUGGCGGUGACGGCGGUGUUCGCCUUUAUGUGGCUAGUGAGUUCUGCUGCCUGGGCCAAAGGCCUUUCUGAUGUGAAAACAGCAACCGAUCCGGACAAAGUCAUCAUGAUGAUUCCUGCCUGUAAAAAGGAAGAGAACCGCUGCCGGGAAGUCCACGACCCGGUUAUGUCUGGAUUAAACACCUCUGUGGCAUUUGGAUUCAUUAAUCUGGUUCUAUGGGUGGGAAACCUGUGGUUUGUCUUUAAAGAGACAGGCAUCAUUGCCCCCUUCAUGCGUGCCCCACCUCCUCAGCAGAAACCUGCUCCUGAUGCCUACGGUCAGCAGGGGGUAUAUGAACAAGACCCCUAUGCCAGCAACCAAGGAAGCUACCAACCUGAGUUCAGCCAGCAGGGAUACAACCAGGAUGCAGAAUACGGUCAGCAGGGAGCCCCAACCUCCUUCUCCAAUCAGAUGUGAGCCGACAUGCAGUAGGAAGCGCUGGGAGUGAACGAGCAGUGGGUCGCCAACAGUUUUCCCAUUUUGCAUUUCCUGAAGAGUUGGCUUUGGUGUUAGGAGGAUGAUUGGAGAAAAUUUAUGUACAUUUUAAUUAAUGAAUAUGCAAAUAAUUAAAUUAAACAUUAACAAAUUCAGCCAUUUAAACAACAAUGGUGAUGAGUAAAAUGCUCCUGUUGUUGAGAUUUCAUAUUCAAGUUUGUAAUUUGAGGCAAAAUGUUUGAACUGUCACUUUGAACUGUGUGUGAAAAUAUUCAAAAGUUUCUAUUUGUUUCCAACUAAAACCUAGGAUCUGUUUCUUGUUAAGUCCCACACCAAAAGCCGGUUCUCAACUGAUGCUGAGUUGUUUCGAUUGAACUUUAGAUUGAGCUUUGAAUCAGAUCCAGACCUAAACAGAACCAGAACCAACAAGUAGUUUUUUCUCUAGCUUUACCUCUGUGUUUCCCUCAUAAAAAACUCUUAAGGGAGAGCGGACGCUCAACUUCCCUGUCAUGCAGGCCUCUGUAGAUGCUGGAGUUAACAUGACACCCACUCGCCAUGUUGGACGGUCUGAUUUGAAUCUGUUACCUUUCUACUGCAUAGACAUCAAUCUGAAGGAUUUUUAUGGAUCAUAACCCCAACACACAUCAUAACCCGGAGUAUUCAUUCUUAUUUGAAGUUUCUACCUCCCAAACUUAAGAAACAUAGUAAAUAGUGCAUGAAAGGGACAUUCAAAUUGAUCAAACCUCUCUGGUGGUUGUUCAUAAGAUUUACUUUAAAAAAGUGGUUUAAUGCUCCAAUUUGCUCCUGUCUCCACAAACAUCUUGAUUUCUUAGUGCACAAUUAUAACUUUGUACAUAGUUGUCAUAUCAAACUGCAGGGUCAUUUAGAUGUUCAUUUGUAUUCCUUGUUUGCAGCCUGCAUCUUAAAACAAUGCGCCUGGGAGCCAGGCUUAAACCAUCCCUUGGACAUUCACCUGCCCUCUCACAGAAGCUUCUGAAGGACCUAAGUGUCCUCCUCUUCCUCUUUUCCGCCAUUUGUUUCCUUGGAAGGUGAAGCUGUUUUUACUAUCAGUGUUGUCCUGCGCAUGGUGAUAGGUUUUCUGCUUAUGUUACUUAGUUACUGAUGAUUAAUAAGUUGCACUUCCUGUUUCCUAUACAGGUUGAUAAGAGUGUGAUUAUUACUUGUCUAUUACGUUGUUCAUUUCUUCCCAUCAUCACUCCUAAUUUUUCACUCUGCCUUUGUGACGUAUCUUCCUGUAAGCUGACAUGUGACCCAGCAUCAGCAGCCAUAGUAAUGGUCUUGACGGUAAUGAUAAUGAUGAUGUGUACGUGUUGGUAUGGCAAAUACCCUUCCCUCCAAGCUGUUUAUUUGAUGGAAAGUUUCAAUAAAGUACAAAUCUGUCAAACUGUCA